GGGUAAAGGGCUUGCCUAGAUAAUCUCAGAAUGCGGAAUUUUCAAAGCCGUGACCAAAAAGAUUACUGUUACAGGACAACAAACAUCACCAGCAGCACAUAGAACUUGACUCAAUGACAAUACUAGUAUGUGGUCCUUAGGAAGUCGACUAUGGACUGUACUGGUUGGUGGAGUAUGCAUUUACCUAUUCUGCAUGUUCCGUCGUAGUGCGGACAGAGGUCGAGUUGCGCCGCCGUAUGCCACGGUGACAGCGAAAGCCAAACAACCAGAACCAUCACAAACACCAUAUUUUCCAUCUCACUAUUCACCGUCAUUCGACACACAAUAUCUCGGAAUCAUGGACAAAGUCAUUCUAAAGAAUCUCAAAUUCGACCUCGCUGUCGGUCUCGACGCAUGGCGGCGCUUCGGCAAGCCACAGCCCGUCUCAAUCACUGUCGAAGUCGUGCCAACGUCAAACCUUGAAGCUGCCGCCGCUCAAGAUAAUGUGAACCUCUCACUCGAUUAUGGCAAACUGUACAAGACACUCCCUGGGAACCUCACAAAUGGAGAAUAUCCGACCAUUCACGUUCUCAUCUCGAGUCUCGCCGAAAUGAUGCCAGAUUAUGCUUUUCUCGACAUCGACAUUCACUUUCCAAAAGCUCUCUUACUGGUGACCGGGGGCGUUCUAUAUCGUCUGCAGGUGGACAACUCGACGCCUGGUGUGACUACGCCAAGCUUGACAUUGGACAUCAAACAGAUUGCCUGUGCUUGCAUCAUUGGAGUGAACCCGCAUGAACGUCUUUACAAACAAUCGUUAUUCAUUGAUGUCAGCAUACCCAUUAUCACCACAGCCCUCGGACCAAAGCCCACUGAAGCACACUGCACUGCCGAGCUGCAUGAUAUGGUCCAAGAAAUUGUUGAGAAAGUCGAUGGUUCGUCAUAUCAUACAAUUGAGGCACUUGCAUCGGCAGUGGCACAAAUUGUCACCCUCAACUACGGCCAUACCGUGGCUAAAGUCCGCAUUGAGAAGCCUAAUGCUAUCGCCACGAUUGAAGCAAGUGCUGUUGAGAUUACUCGUAGCAAAACCUUCUUCGAAAACAAAGACUUUUGGAAGGUCAAAAAGCCUUGAAAAGUCCAUGAAUGGCUUCAGCUGCUUGUCAAAUCCACAAUGCU